AUGGCUGUUAAAUCCGCCGAAGUUUCCGUCUCCGGAACCCUACAGAAGGAGAAGCAGAAUUACGACAACUUGAAAGGAUGCAAUUCACUGAUCCAAUGCUUCGGCGAAGAGAUUACUACUGACCGUAACGGUCAGAUGAUCUAUAAUUUGCUGCUUGAGUUUGCCCCUGGAGGAACCCUAGCUCAGCAUAUCAAAAACACAGGUGGAAAGGGGUUACCAGAGAAUGAGGUUCGGAGUUACACAAAAUCAAUAAUCAAAGGCUUAAUUCACAUGCACAAAUCCCAAUAUAUUCAUUGUGAUUUGAAGCCUGCAAAUAUCUUAUUGGUACCAAGGAAUACAAAAAAAGGUCGUCAAUUCGUGGCAAAGAUCGCCGAUCUAGGGUUGGCGAGGAGAACAAGCAAGACAAAGGCAAACUAUUAUUUGGGAGGGACAUUGUCCUACAUGGCGCCGGAAACAUUGAUUGACAGCGUGCAAGAAUCGCCGAGCGAUAUUUGGGCACUCGGGUGCCUCGUGUUCGAAAUCUUGACCGGAAACCGCCCGUGGGGUGCAACGGACGAGGCCGGGAUUGUGGAGCAAAUGACGGAGAAUCAUCAUGGAAUGCCAAAGAUUCCAGAAGGGGUAUCGGUAGAGGCGAGUAUGUUUUUGAAGAAUUGUUUUGUGAGGAAGCCAAAAUACAGGUUUACAGCGGAGAUGUUGAUGACUCUGCCGUUUAUGACGGCGGCCAAAGAUCAGAAACAAGAUUUGGAUUUCGUGACAACUCCAACAUUUGUGACAAAGAGGCCUAGGCAGAUUAAGAGACAAAGGAUAAUUCCAAUUAAAGCUAUGUGA